AUGCAUAAAAUCAUUUCAAAGACCAACGACAUAGUCGUAACGUGGUCGACAUUCAACGACACGAUAGAGAGCCGUGCGCAAUAUGGCGUCAACGAGAUGGACAAGGAGGCUUUGGGCCACAGCAAGCUAUUCACGGACGGCGGUCCCGAGAAACGCAGCCAGUGGAUACACCGCGUGCUGUUGAAGGACCUCAAGCAUGACACGCGAUAUGUAUACCAUGUCGGCUCGGAGUACGGCUGGUCUGAAGACUUCUGGUUCAAAACCCCACCAGCCGGCGAGGACUGGGUUGUUCGCGCAGCCAUCUUCGGUGAUAUGGGCAACAAGAAUGCGCACUCGCUGUCGUACCUGCAAGACGAGGCGCAGAGGGGCCACUUCGACGUGGUGCUGCACGUGGGCGACUUCGCGUACGACAUGCACGACGAGGGCGCCAGGGUCGGGGACCAGUUCAUGCGCCAGAUCCAGCCGCUGGCGGCGCACGUGCCCUACAUGGCCUGCCCCGGCAACCACGAGGAGGCCUACAACUUCAGCAACUACCGCGCGCGCUUCUCGAUGCCGGGCGCCCACGAGAGCCUCUACUACAGCUUCGACCUGGGGCCGGUGCACUUCGUGUCCAUCUCCACGGAGCUCUACUACUUCCUGCAGUACGGGCUGAAGGUGCUCGAGGGCCAGUUCCGCUGGCUGCAGCGGGACCUCGCCGAGGCGAACAAGGAGAAGAACAGGUCGAAGCGACCGUGGGUGGUGCUGUUCGGCCACAGGCCAAUGUACUGCAGCAAUUCCGACGACAUCGACUGCAGCUUCGAGUACACGAGGCGCGGGCUGCCGAUAUUUGGCGCUUACGGGUUGGAGCCCCUGCUGAAGGAAUACGGGGUGGACUUGGUGAUCUGGGCUCACGAGCACUCCUACGAGAGACUGUGGCCCGUCUACGACGAGAAGGUCUACAACGGCUCCCUGGAACAGCCAUACACUAAUCCCGGUGCCCCCGUGCACAUAGUGACCGGCUCGGCGGGCUGUCAGGAGAGGACUGAUCCAUUCAAACCGAACCCGCCAUCUUGGUCCGCGUUCAGGUCUACGGAUUACGGCUACACCAGGUUCAGAGCCCACAACAGGACCCACCUCUACAUGGAGCAGGUGGACGUGGACCUGAAGGGUGAGGUGAUCGACUCCUUCUGGCUGGUGAAGGAUCACCACCGUACUUACGAGGGUCUGGCCCCUGUUCACUUGAUAACCGGCUCCGCUGGCUGCCAAGAAGGGAGGGAUCAUUUUAAACGCAACCCGAACAAGUGGUCUGCAUUCAGAUCGCAGGAUUAUGGGUACACAAGGUUCAAGACCUUCAACAGAACUCACAUCAGCAUUGAACAGGUUUCGGUAGACCUGGGCGGUCAAGUGAUCGACAAAUUCUGGCUCAUCAAGGACAGGCAGUUGAAGAAC